AUUUUUCACAUACUGAAAAGCAAUCGAUAUACUUAAGUCUAAACCACCGAUAUACUGCGCAUCCCUCACAUCACGGUCACAUUGCACUUCGUUCGCCAUUGCUAGUAAAAAUUGUUCCAAGUGAAAAAAGUGGCUGGUGGAAAAGGUGUAAAUCAGAAAUAAAACGUGCAGUUAAAGUUAAAAAACAGACACAAAAGUAGCGCUCACUUCUGCCCAUCAGUGAAUAGUGUUAGAACCGAGGAACAAAUUGAAAAUAGAGAUGCGCGGACGCGGAGGAUUCAUUCCACGUGGUGGGGGCACCACUCGCGGUGGCUACUACAAUAAUCGCAACUCCAGCAAUUAUGUUAAUACUCGCACCCAAGGCAAUUACCGACCCAAUAAUGGGCGGUACGAGAAUAACUAUCACAACAACAACAAUCGCUACAACAACAACAAUAACAGCGGCGGAGGAGGAGGCAACAGCCACUACGACAACCGGAGCCGGGACAAGUUCACCCACCACAACUCGAGCAGCGGACGCUACGACUCCAGUUCCUCGAGCCACAAGCGCAGCUACGACUCCUCUCGCGACCGCAGCGAUGAUCGCAAACGCCCGCGUCAAGACGAUUACCGUCGCACGUCUUCGUCGAAUGAUCGCAGCGAUCGACCCUCGUCCUCGUCGCAGAACAUUGGCUCCUCCUCCUCGAACUAUCAUCAGCGUAGCAGCACCGGCGGUGGUGGGAAUAACGGCGGGAGCUCGAGCUCCUACCGCCCACGCGAUGAUUCCACCAGUGGCAGCCGGCACCAGCGGGACGGAUCGAUGGGUCCGCCGAAGCGGAUGAUGCGUAGCGUGGCCGGCACCAACUAUAUAUCCCGACCCCGCGGCACAAUGUCGAUGAGGGGCGGCAUGAUGCGCACUGGGAUGCGGGUGGGAGGAAUGCGCGUUGUGCGCACCAGGGUCAACGAGUCGAAUGACCUGCGCACCAUGCGCCGCCAACUGCUCUAUGCGCAGCAGAAAGACCGGGCUCGCCUGCUCAAGAUUCAGCAGCUGAAAAGCUCGUUGCGACGACAACGCCAGGGCGGGAAUUCCAGCGACGAUUCCAGCGGCAAUGAGGACAAGGACGGCGGAGAUGCUGAGAAAAGCAAGAAGAAGAAAGGCAAGGACAAGGACGCCGAUGGAGGCGAUGACUCCGACGAUGACGACGAUGAUGACGAUGAAGAAAACGAUGAUGAGAAGGACGAGAAGAGCAAGAAUUCUUCGCCUGGUAAAAAACGCAGCAAGUCGGCCAACAACGAGGACAAGAGUGAUGCCGAAGGUAACGAUGAUGAUGAUGAGCACGGUGAUGGCGAUGACGAUGAUGAUAAGGACCUAAAUGAGUCCGAUCCCAAGAGCGCCAAGGCCGAUGACGCCUCCGAUGACGAGGAUGUCAAGGUGAAGGGCGAAGGUGAGGACGGCGAUGGUGACAAAUCGGACGAAAAGGCCAAGUCAUCGGGCGAGAAGUCAGGUAAGAAGAAGGACAAGGACGACUCGAAGGACUCCAAGUCCAAGAAGUCAUCGUCCGCCAAGAAGGAGCGCACGUCGCGCAAGGACAAAGACGAGGAAGAUUCGGACGAUGAUCACAGUAAGGAUCGACGUAGCUCCCGUCAUCGGGAUGAGGACCACAACAACCGCAAACGCAGCUUCAUCAAACUCAUUUGCGUCCAUUGCCGCAUCAAGUGUGUUACAUUUAAGGAGUACAACUACCAUCUGAACUCUCGUCCCCACAAGAACUCCAUGCGACAGGUGGCCCUCAACCAGCGAGCUGACUUGCAGCGAAUGCGUGCUCGACAGCGCACCACUCAGCGCGAAAUCGAGGAGAACAGCAAGGAGGAGCACGAGUCGCGCUAUUGCCGGCUCUGCCGAUUGGCCUACCGCCAGCCCAAGAAUCUUCAUCAGGCCUCCGAGCACCACAAGACCAUUAAGAAGUUCUUGAUGCCCUAUUGCGGCUCCUGCCACCUGGCCUUCAAGAAUGCCAUGCUCUACGAGAACCACCGCUGCUCCCUGGAGCACAUUAGGAACAAGGCCCGCAACGAUGAAUCCGGAUCGGAUGAUAGUGUGGAUGAGCGCGAGAUUGAUUUGAAUAAAUUCCACACUGUAGACUCCGUGGGCGAGAUCGAUGUGGACAUGAUCGAUGCCGAUGUAGAUGCCAUGGUGACCGAGGCGGAAGCCGCUCUGAAAAGCGAGGAUGAGGAGACUCGCAAACGCGCUCUGAUUGGCCCGGACUAUAUCAAGAUCAUAGAGGCCUUCUACUGCGAGUUGUGCAAUCACUAUUCUGGCAAGGCUGAUGAUGUGUCUCUAGAGGACUACACCAAAAAGCAUUGCAUGCAGCAUUCCCAUGUGAAGGCUUUCCUGCGCAACAAGGAGGAGACCGAGAAGAAGAACAAGACGGAGGAGGGCGAUGAGGAUGACCACGAUGACGACAAAAAGACCGGUGAUGAUGACGCCGAAGGCGAUGAGGACAUCGAUGGCAAGUUAAACGAGGAUGAGGACGAAGACUAUGAUGAUGGAGAAGGCGAAGAGGGUAAUAAAAAGGAGGGUGAUAAAAAAAUGUGGGAGGAGGUAGACAAAGAUCUGGGCGAUCUCCUGGCAGAAGUAGAGCCGCUGGGGCAGGAAGAAGAUGAGGAGGAUGAAGAGGACGAGUCUGUGCUUAACAUUGACAUUGAAAGCGAGAAAAACAAGGCGAAAGACGGCAAGGAGGAAGCGAACGGCGAUGCCGAUGAGGGAGUGGCAAAAGAAAACGCGCCAGUGUCCAAGUCACCGGAGAAAAAGCCUGUUUCCGCUCCAGCCACACCAAUGGUCAAGACCACCGCUGCAGCCAAGCAGCCGGCAAAGAAGGCAACGCCCAAACAGACUGCCAAAGCCGCCAAACCUGGUCCGGCUUCCACGAAGCGCAAUGUCUUGGUCAGUGUGAAGCGCACUUCGGCGGCCGCCAUUAAAGCGGCCACCAAGUCCGCCAACAAUGCGGCAGCCGACUGCAAGUGAGCGACACCCGAGCGACAGUAAUAUAUUAGUAAUAGCAAUAGCAAUAACCAAACCCAGUGAUUGGGUUGCUACACACAUAUUUCAAAUAUAUAACUAAAUUAUAAUGUGCUCAAAAUACGUGCACUCACUAAUGCCCAACCAGAGCUGCUUCGCCAUCUGGCCACCGAGCCCAGCCUGCUUAAUAAAUGUCUAGACCUAACUAAAACCAA